CUAUCAGAAUUUUUAGCAUCAUAUAUAGUGAGAAGAAAACACACAUAUAUAACAAUAUAUUCUAUUGGUGGAAAACUGACUCCUGAGAUUCUCCGGGCACAAAAAUUCUCUCAAUUCUGGGAGUCCUUUACGCGUUAAAAUUUCCAUGAACUGUUAUGUGUUUACAUUCACAAGAACUCAAAAUAUAGUAUAAGUAAGACCACCAUGAAAUUUCCACGACACUUGCAUGAAAUUACAUGAAGCGUGUAUUCUAUAGUUCUCUCUAUUAUAAAUACACACACCUUGGUCUUCUUAUAUACUCACAAUCCCUUCUCUCCCUCGUGUCCGGCCGGCGUUUGCUUUCUCCUCCUCCGGUACUCUAUCGUAUUCGCCUCUCCUCCUCCACGUACAUAUGCCGGUCCUCUUUCUUUCAUAACCACUAUAACAAAAGAUCAGAAAGCAUAAAGAGCGACUUUUGGAGGCCAUGGAAAUAAUAUUAUGGAAAGCUAACAGACGGACGAAGCUUCAUCUAGAUGACUACGGCGAAUUCUUGAGCAACAACACCGCUUAACCCUUACCAUCAGGAUCAUGUACAACACUGCGGUAAUUAAUUCUAUAUAUUACUUGAUCCAUUUAUAUGGUUUCAAAUAUAGUAUUUUACAAUAUAGCUAUUUUACCUGGUUAAGUAGAAUUUUUCCACAUAUAACUUGAUUAGAAAUUACAUCAAAAUAGAAGGUAAACGGGCAACAAGUAGAAUUGAAUAUAAUAGUAGAAUACUAGUAUAAAAUUAUAGUAAUAAAAUUUUAGGCCAUCAGUUAAAACUUAAAACUAAGAUAAAUUGGAGUUCUGUUAAACAUCAGUUACACAGAAUGCAUUAAUUAUAUAAUUGAGUUUAGGGAUUGACAUCAUGAUUAUUUCCGUUUAUUAUAUAUUAAAAAAUAGAUGUUUAAAAAAAUUAAAAUACAUGUUUUCCAACAAUUGGUAUGUGUUUUUAAGGGUAAUGGGGAAUGAAUUGUGAUUAAAAAAAAUAAAGCUUUCUCACACAUGUCUCUUUGUAGCUUAAUAAAUCUUCGCUAACACCAAUUUUACUGUCAACUUGUGACAAAUACAGUAGUUUUAUUGCUCACUUUAUAAUUUUUUUUUGAAUGAUUAAGGAUACAGAAGAAUAUUAAAAAUAUUACUAGUUUUCAUCAUGUUCUAGAUGGGUGUUUGAAAUUAGUUACCUGUUAAAUCCGAAGAAUAUAUAUGAAAAGUCAAUUAGUUGCCAAUAUUAAAAAAAAAUAAGAAAGAUACUGAAAAACUACAAAAAAAUAAAAUUAAAAAAAUUAUCCAUGAAUUUUUAUAAUUUUGUCGGGAAAAAAUUUAAGAAAUCGUGAUCUUGCUGAGAAGGGUUAAGUGGGGGAGUUGCUCAGUUAAAUAAGCUAGAAUUUGUGACAAGCAUAGGGGUCUUCUUGGAUCGGUUAUCCCACCAGAACUGAAGAAAGGAGAGCUGCUUUAUUUCUCACAACCAUUAAAAGAAUCAGACGACUCCAUAGAUUUCUUGCAUGUGCAGAUUCUAAAGGCAAGGAGAACAUAGUCGAUGACAAGCUUUGGAAUGAAGACACGACGUGAAGGCACUCAAGUGAUGAAAAUGAUCGAGUUGCCGCUGACCAUCAUCAACACCACAAGGAUCUCAAUUCAUAAAGAUCAAGUAUUUCACAAGCAUAACUCAAGGGGGAGCUUAUGUUAAGGGGGAGUUUGUCAACACACUUCAUACAUGAUACGGGUAGUUUGUUGAUACACUCUCUGCUUUCAAGACGUGAAAACUUUGAAGAUCCUCCGACAUUGAAGACUUGAAAGGACAUCAGAGUCUUGAAGACACAAAGAUCAAAGAUGAUCAAGAUCGAGACAAAGCUACAGCCAAGGGGGAGUUUGUUGGUGCACUUGUGUCUGUACUUUGUCUGUAUUCGGUCAUGAUGUAAAACGAUGUCUUUGUUAGUCCUGUAAGUUUGACCAAGUCAACCAUCCUCCUGGUUUGACUUGGACAAACAGUUGGUACAUGAUUGUAACAUGUCUGUGUCGAAGGAUGACUCAUCGAAGGAUAGUUUAGAUCCUUCGAUGAGCUCGAAAGAUGAACCUUCGAUGGAUGUUGAUGGACCUCGAUAGAUCAUCCUUCGAGGCAUAUGUAGAUCCUUCGACAGGUUUCAGGUCGAUAGAUGAUCCUUCAAUCAAUCUAUCUGAUCCUUCGACCAGACUAUCUGUGUUGGGUAUAUAUAUACCCAUGUAGUGUGUUCAUUUUUUCAGAGACAAAAGAGAUAGACAACUUGGACACUAAUAGAGAAACUCCACAGAGAACACACACACACUUAGAGAGUUUGCAAAACAGAUUUGUAGACAUUGAGCUUGUAACUGAACCUUUCAUACGUAUUAAUACAAGUGGUGUUAAUCGGUGAAUAUUGUGUGUCUUGUGUUUGUUCUUGUUUCAUCUCGGUUUGCACUCUAGCUUGGAUUCCGCACUUUCUAGUGUGUUUAACAUAACAAGGUUAAGGUUUGACCUCAUCCUCCGAGGGACCUACAAAAUAUAAGGUAAACAGACAAUAAGCUGUAUCGUUACCUCUUUUUAAAUAACAAAAGUAAGUCUUUUUAAAAACUAAAUAUGUAGAUCUCGGGGUAAUAACAUUACGAUGCAUGACGUUUUGAACUCGAGUAAGUAUGUCAAUAGCCUCUGACGCAAGGAAAACAAAAGUUUUAAAAGCAAAAAGGUUGUAAUUAGAUGUAAAAUGUCUGAAAUACCCCUACACUUAAACUAAUUAACUUGGUUAAUGUAGUUAUAAAAAUUGGACUCAAAUGUUUAUAAGUUUACCAACUAAGUACUCAGAAAGUUAAAAAUUUUAAUUUUUGAAUCAAGGUAGUUGAAAUCAUAAAAAAACAGAAGGAUCUAGAAAAGAAUUUACUUAUUUUUAUAAUAAGGAUGAUUUGACCAUUUCAUAACAUCUUAUCAUUUACUAGAUAUUUAAUAAACUAGUUAAAAGUAAUAUAUAUCUACACACCCUUGAGUCUAGACUCUGGGUAUGGUGGGGCUUGGCUUGGAACAUGAGUUGACACGUUGUGUUCGAGCCCUCCCCUCCCCUCCCCCCCUCUCCCAUCGUCUAGUAACGUGUCCGUAGGAUAUGGCGGGGCAUGGGUUGGCGGUGAACAGCGAAUAGGAGGUGGCCACAUCGGAUCUCAAGCCCGCCCCACGCCCGGCUUCAAACCCAAGCCCCAAGAACCACGCUCCAACCCAAGCCCCAAAGGGUGAUAGCUUGGGCGUUUUCUCCCAACCCACACCACAACCCAAGCCCUAUACCCCAACAUUUUUUUAUCAUACAAAACUAAGAUGUGAAAGUAAGAUAAUUGUAUGGAAAUAGUUCCACAAAACAAAAAGGGCCAAAGGAAACGUCUGGGAACAAAACACUUUAGUUGUACAUUUGUACUUGUACUCCUUUUGGCUAAAGGUCACAACUUUUAGAAAAAGAAAAACAAAAAGAACAACCAGUGUCUCCUCAAGCAAGCUGUCCCAUCCGAGGUGACGGAGACGAUCGGCGGUGAAGUUGUCGCAUACAAGGUAACGAACACGAUCGGUGGUGAUACACGUGCUAUCAGACUUCAACGCAAAUAUUCAUAAAGAUGCAUCACCAAGCCCUAACCGUACUCACUUCCGGUUUGCUUCUUAUCGUUCAGCAUCUGAUCCGCUGCAUCCAUAUGCUGCUCCGACAUCAUUAAUCUCGCCGCCCGGAUCUAUAUACAACUAACUCAACAAGUACAGUCUCCAAACAGUACUGUUGUUUUGCCAAUACAGUACCAUGGAAGCUAUAAAUUCCCGGAACCAGGUCAAUAUCCGGGGAAUCAGAAUAAUCAUAUUUAUCCGACAAGCUCCUAUUGUGGAGUCCAUCAACAGAAUUUUUAGGAAUUUUAAUUUCCGCAAUGGAUCAGGGUUGCUUCAAUUUUGGGCAUGCACACCUUCUAAUUCAGAGGACAUGGGAUGCAAUCUUAUGUUGACAGACCAAACCUUUAUGUCAACUCCGGAUGAAGGACUUCAGGUUUACAGGAGGAGAUGUCUUGAAAAUCGUUAUCGCUUUGUUGGAUUAGAAACAAGUGUAGGCAACUGGAUAGCUGGCCGAGCAGCUCAAACAAGGAUUGCAGACCAUUGGACAAUACAUCAUGUGCUUAAUCAUGAAGAUCAACAUUCUAUAGAUAUAGGAGGCAAGGGUCAGUUGGUUUUGCCUGUGUUUUUUGGACAGGAUGCUGGGAAUAAACUAGCUGGAAUCAUCGAAUUUGUCACGCCUGUACCAAAAGAAAGCUAUGUUGAAGAUUUUGAGCAUAUUCAUGAUUUACUUGAGAAUGAGGGGUUAAAGUCUGAAUAUUUGGGGAAGACAAUAAAAGUUGAGUACAAUGAUAUGAUCAAGUUUACACUGCCCCUUUCAGCUAAAUUCACAGACCUGCACAACAAAGUGACAGAGAGAUUCACGGAUUUAGAACACGAAGACUUCCGUGUUGAGUAUAAUGACAUUGAAGGUAACCGUCUUCCAAUUUCAAGUGAUGAAGACCUCCGAGUUUGCAUGGCUGAGUCAAGUUCAAAGGGGGGCAAGUUCAUCAGAAUGUAUGUUUUGUUGAACACAUAGAGUGAUAACGUUCCUUUUUCUUCAUUUGAUAUUUCGAAGUUAAUAUGUAUCACACACUUCUUUUCUUCUUUUGCUUUCCAGAAGUUAUAUUAUGUUUUUAUUUUCUAGAA